UUCACUUCAUUUUUAUUUUCCGUUUCCAACUUUUAAUCGAAUCAAUCAAUUAUGAGAACUCGAAGCGCCGAAAAGAGGUCUGCCGGAAUAAAUCAAACCCCGCCGGCCGAGCCGAAGCGUACGCCGCCAUCUAGGGCUAAGCAAACUAGGAACGUUGGAUCCAAAAGCUCACCUGCCGCUGAAGAAGCAAAGGCUUCAGAUGCAGAUGGAGCUGUUCAAUCAACACCAGUAGCAAAAUCCGCUUCAGGUAGGAAAACUACUCGAAGGGCUGUGAAGAAGGUGGUAAAGAAAAGUCCUGCUUCUUCUAAAACUACCUCGGAUAAAACACUUAUAUCAGAAGAUGCUGGAACGGCAAUGCUCGAAGAUCCUGUUGAAGAGAAGGAUGCGAAGGACUCAAAGGAAGAUCAUGGCAAUGAGAAAGAUGCAGCCGGAUCAACAGAAUGUGUCGAGGAGGGAGAUACAGAGGACCCGAAGGAAGAUCAUGUGAAGGAGGAAGAUGCACAGGAAUCUAUCAAGGAGGGAGAUACAGAGGACACAGAGGAAGUUGAUGUCAAGGAGGAAGAUGCAGAGGACCCAAAGGAAGAUCCUGUCAAGGAGAAAGAUCUACAGGAUCCCAAGGAAGACGCUGCGAAGGAGAAAGGUGCAGAGGACCUUAAGGAAGAUAUUGUCAAGGAGAAAGUUGUGGAGGAAUCAGAAGAAAAUGGUAUAAAGGAGAAAGAUGCAGAGGAGUCAAAGGAAGAUCUUGUCAUGGGGGAAGCUGCAGAGGACUCAAAGGAAUAUCAUGUGAAGGAGAAAGAUGCAGAGGACUUAAAGGAAGAUAUUGGUGAGGAGGAAGAUGCAGAGAACUCAAAAGAAAAUGCUAUAAAGGAGAAAGAUGCUGAGUCAAAGGAAGAUCUUGUCAUGGGGGAAGCUGCAGAGGACUCAAAGGAAUAUCCUAUGGAGGAGGAAGAUGCAGAGGGUUCAAAGGAAGAUGUUGCGAAGGAAAAAGAUGGAGAGGAGUUGAAGGAAGAUCUUGUCAGGGAAGCAGAUGCAGAGGACUCGAAGGAAUAUUUUGUGAAGGAGAAAAAUGCAGAGGACUCAAAGGAAAGUGCUGUCAUGGAGGAAGAUGCAGAGGACUCAAAGGAAGAUCCUGCAAAGGAGGACGAUGAGUACUUGAAGGAAAAUCCUGUCAUGGGGGAAGAUGCAGAGGAUUCAAAGGAAGAUCCUGUUAAGGAGAAGGAUGCAGAGGGCUUAAAUGAUGCAGGACCAACACCCAUGUAUGAGCCAAAUAAAGAAAUUGAAGAAUCUUCAAAUAAUUUAGUGUCCACAGUUAAAGAUGUUGGUGAUUCCGUGGCGGAAGAUCAAAAUGGAAACAAGGAGGAACAUGCAGGUGAUGCACAGGGGGAACCAGCUCUAAAUACUUUAAUGUCUCUAGAUGAAGUAACUGUUGUCUAUGAUGUGAGAUUGUCAGAAAAAAUUGGCCAUGAUGUGAGAACUUCAGAAAAUCAGGGACCUGCUGUUACAUAUGUCAAAUCUCAGGAGCCUAUUAUUGAGGAUAUGAAAUCUUCAAACAGUCAGGAACUUAUUACUACAGAACUGAAAUCUCAGGAGGGCGAAGGAUCUAAUAAAGGAAAAGAAGGACUGGAGUUGAGGGGAGAAAAUGACGAUGGUUCAACUCCUACAGGGGAUAAUGUAAAUGCACAGUGUGCAGAAGAUAGAAUGGAGGAAGAUACAGAUAGGAAGAUGAAAGGAAAGGAUAUUUCUCUUGACGAAGCUGGUGAAGAUAAAAUAGAGGCUUUUGCUGAUCAAGAAAAUAGUGAAGAAUUUGUGGAAGAUGAUGUGCCUGAGCACUGUGAAGAAGCCGAGACGUUGGAAGAUGAGCGUGCUCAAUUGAAUGCUCUUGCAAAGGAACGAAAGAAGAGGAGGGAGCUGGAAGUAUUUGUUGGUGGGUUAGACCGUGAUGCUGUGGAGGAGGAUCUGAAAAGGGUGUUCCAGCAUGUGGGGGAGGUUAUUGAUGUUCGAAUGCACAGAGAGCUGUCAACAAACAAGAAUAAGGGAUAUGCCUUCGUGAAGUUUGCAACUAAGGAGCAAGUUAGCCGUGCUUUGGCUGAAAUGAGAAAUCCAGUUAUACGGGGAAAGCGAUGUGGAACUUCUCCAAGUGAGGACAAUGACACCUUAUUCUUAGGAAAUAUUUGCAACACAUGGACAAAGGAAGCCGUGAGACAAAAGCUGAAAGAUUAUGGUGUAGAAAGUGUUGAAAACAUUAAUUUGGUGGCUGAUCCGAAACGUGAAGGUUUGAGUCGUGGUUUCGCGUUUCUCGAGUUCUCUUGUCACACUGAUGCCAUGACGGCAUACAAAAGACUUCAAAGGCCUGAUGUUGUUUUUGGUCACUCUGAGAGGACUGCCAAAAUAGCUUUUGCCGAACCUUUACGCGAUCCAGAUCCAGAGGUAAUGGCUCAAGUGAAGUCAGUAUUUAUUGAUGGACUCCCUCCUUAUUGGAAUGAAGAACGCGUCCGUGAGAAAUUCAAAUGUUUUGGGGAGAUCACAAGAAUUACGCUAGCCAGGAAUAUAUCAACAGCAAAGCGGAAGGAUUUUGGAUUUGUUGAUUUCGACACACAUGAAGCUGCUGUUUCUUGCGUUGAGGGCGUUAAUAACACAGAGCUGGGUGAUGGAAAUUUGAAGGCAAAAGUGCGAGCCAGGCUUUCAAAUCCCCAACCAAAAACUCAGGCUGUGAAAGGUGGAAUAUCUGGAGGGUUCCGAAUUAGCCGUGGUCCCAUGGGAAGGGGCCUUCCGCGAGGAGGACAUACUCUUGGUAGAGCUAAUUUUCCGCGUGGUAGGGGCUUUCACCCUCGUGGACCUGGUCAUGGUGGUAGAAUGGGCUUCACUGAACAUGAGUUUGGUAGCCCUUAUCCUCCUUUCCGUGGACGGUCAAACUUUGGACGAGCAGGUGGGAGGUGGAAUUUCAGUGGUGCUCAUCCAGUAACUAGUGAGGGUCCAAUGUUUGUUGAUAGAAUGAGGCAUGGAGAUAGAGGUCACGCAGAUGAUGCCUUCUUUAGGAGACAACAAUUUCCUAUUGAAGGAAAUAACCGGCCAUCCAUGGAUAGGCACAUUGAGGACCGUUUCGGUUAUGAUAAUACUGACCAUGGGUUAAAGAGGCCCUUUUCCAUGACAGUCCCGAAUCCGGAUUACUUGGGGCCUAGCAGACGUCCUCGGUUUGAUCAUCCAGAUUCUGCAAGUUCUCUUCAAGGGGAUCGUUAUAGAAAUAAUGUUCCUCCAGGUGGUGAUCAAUACUCACGUGGUUAUUAUGGCUCUGAUUAUGGGAGAGGCCAACAUCCAUCUUUUUAUGGAGGUGGUCAUCCACAUGGGCGUGGAUAUGGUCGUGGUUAUUAUUAGUCUUGAUGAGCAUUCGGUGUCUUCAAAUGGUAGAAUGUUCUUCUUGACGAUGGAAUGAGAUUUUUGUGGUGCCGUAUAAAAAGGAAAGAGAAGCUGUCUUUUAACUUCUUUUCCUAUGCAUUUAAUGUUUAUCUCUCUUUUUGUUUCCCCCCGCUGUAAUGUUUCGUUUUCGGCUGUCCAAAGUUCCAUCUUUCUUAGUUUAGAUUGUGCCUGUUUUGGGGGCAUCAAUCCGGACAUGGUAUUAUGUCUGUUAGAUGGAGUUUGACUAGUAACGAUCUCCUUCUGCUCUAGAUAGAAACAGUGUUAUGGGGUAGUGGAUAUGACUAUUAAGAUAAGGCAACUUUCGUACAAGCGUUCAUUUUUGCUGGAAUAGUUAUAUGUGUUGAGAUCUUCAUUGUGAAA